CACUAUUUCAUUAGUAGGGCUGAGACAGGGAUAAAAGUGAAAUUUUAGUGCGGAAAAUUGUUUUGAUGUACGAAAAAACAGUCGUCAAAUUCUUUUCAUCCAUUGUAUAUUAUUUUCAAAUAAUUGCAUUUUUCACCUAAUCUAUUAUAGAAGAGUGAACAUUUUUGUGCACUCCAUUGCAUUGCAAUUGAGGCUGCUGCAGCAAACUGCGGCAGCAUCUCAGCGGGAUUGAUUAGUUAACUUGCUAAAGGAGGCUGUUUGGAGCAGAAGCGAUAUCAUUGUGAUGAAAUGGUGUCAAUAUAAUAAAAAAGAAACAUUAGGUUCCAGACAUAAAGCCUAUUACUAAUUGGUAUAUAUACAAGACAGCUUUAAUAAAUUGAAGCGAUUUCGGGAACGGCCUUGCCCCGCCCUAUAUACACAAGAUGGGUGGUGACGCAGCGAUUCGUCGCAGCGCUACACUUGCAUCUACGCAUAAUGAGAUGGGCACCAUGGCACACUUGAUGGAAGGACAACAGCGCGAAUCUGAGCCAUAUCGCACAAAUAGACAGGGUAGUGGACUGAUGGCAUCAAGAUUUGCUUGCCUACGUUGUUGCGGAAAUAUACUUUCGUACCUUGUUCGUUUACGCAACACACCUGAAGAGCUGGAACAAAGAUAUAAAUCACGGGAGAUCGAUAAAUUUUUAGAAAAAGAAAAGCACACAUUUCGCCGACAGGUAAAACUUUUGCUUUUGGGCGCUGGCGAAUCGGGAAAAUCUACUUUCCUCAAACAGAUGCGUAUAAUACACGGAAUUAACUUUGAACCCGAACUUAUUCGAGAAUACCAAUAUGUGAUAUAUCAAAAUGUACUACGAGGAAUGCAAGUCAUGAUUGAUGCUCGUCAAAAACUGGAAAUCCCGUGGGAAAACAACGAACGAGAAAACGAUGCGAAUUACGCCAAAUUAAUAGAAUGUAGUAAAGUAGAAAUCGACAAUUUCAUACAGUGGGCUCCAUAUAUUCGUAGACUAUGGCAAGAUCGUGGCAUAAGGCGAGCCUAUGAAAGGCGAAGAGAAUUUCAAAUUAGUGAUUCUGUCAGUUACUUUCUAAAUGAUAUUGACCGCCUUGCUACAUAUGAUUAUGUGCCGACACAUAAGGAUAUUUUGCACUGUCGGAAAGCAACCAAAGGAGUUUAUGAAUUUUGCGUUAAAAUACAGAACAUUCCAUUUGUGUUUGUUGAUGUUGGCGGCCAGCGUACUCAACGACAAAAGUGGACGAAAUGUUUUGACUCAUCUGUAACAUCGAUCAUAUUCUUGGUAUCCAGUUCAGAGUUUGAUCAAGUUCUUGCUGAAGAUAGAAAAACCAACCGUUUGGAAGAAUCGAAAAACAUAUUCGACACGAUCGUUAAUAAUAAUACGUUUAAGGGAAUAUCUAUAAUAUUAUUUCUAAACAAAACUGAUUUGCUUGAGCAAAAAGUACGCAAUCCAGAGACUGAUAUCCGCUGGUUUUAUCCCCAAUUCAGCGGGAACCCACAUUCGCUGCUUGAUGUGCAGAAUUUCACUUUGCAAAUGUUUAUGAGUGUGCACAAAAGUCCUCAAAGCCGGAUCUAUCACCACUUCACCACUGCCAUAGACACCCGAAAUAUAAAAGUUGUAUUCAAUUCAGUCAAAGAUACAAUACUACAGAGGAAUUUAAAUGCCUUGAUGUUACAAUGAAAAUGGGCAGCUAGCUAUAGUAUUUCUAUCACAUUAUCUGUGAAAUUAUACAAAAUAUUAGUAAUACGGGAAUUUACAUAAAUAAAAAUUAAUACGCCAACAA